AUGGAAUCAAGCGAUGACGGAUCGAGGCUCAGCGCCGAGCACACCAACACCCUCAUCACGAUUGAGCGCACAGGGGCGGCAAUGUCCAUGGCUGCAAUAACAGUGACCGUUGUUUCGUACGCUGUGUUCAGAAGACUGAGGACGACCCCCAACCUGUUCCUUUUCUUUGCGUCGAUUGCCAAUGCUGGCGCGAGUGUUGCUGCCAUGAUGGGUUAUGACGGGCUCAGAAUGGGGGUCAACUCGUCUCUCUGUCAGACCCAGGGUUUGCUUUUCGAAUGGUUCAUGCAAGCCGACCCUUGGUGGUCGUGUGCUAUGGCAGUCAACGUCUUUCUGGUCUUCUUCAACAACGCGAAUCCAGCGACCUUUCGAAAGUAUACAUGGAUAUACUGCGUCAUUUGCUACGGCGGCCCGAUGAUUCCCUCCGUUGUGCUCAUUUCGAUUCGAGGCGAUCCAAAAGGUCCCGUGUUUGGUGACGCGGCUCUGUGGUGUUGGAUUAGCCCGAGGUGGAGCAUUGUCCGUCUCUAUGCGUACUACAUCCCAAUUUGGAUCUGCAUUCUUCUCUCCGUCCUCAUCUACAUCGCUGUGGGUUGUCACGUAUUCCGGCGAAGAAACCAACUGCUGCACUUCAAAAUCCCAAAGUACGACAGCAUUAGCGGCAGUGCGUCUCCUUUAGAUAGUGGAAACAGGAACUCUGAAGAUGCGGGCUCGACGAGGCCAACCAAAAGCUACGGUCGUGCAGUAACCGAAAUCCACAUCACCUCUGGUUUUCUAGGCUUUGACUUUGAGGAGGGCAUCUCCGCUCCACCAGCUACACACAUUGUUCCUUCUCGAGCGUGCAAUCGAUCCUGGCCGACGUUGCUCAAUGACUCUGAACUUGAUCGCAGAGCCAUAACAGCUCAGAACUUUGUGACGACAUGCUCUUCGGGUGGCCAAUGCACCGACAGAUCAACGCUCGCCGGAAAAUUCGGCCUUUUGGCGUCAACCGCAUCGAUGAAGCUCAGGCGUCUUGAUCCUGUCAAGAUGGCGUAUAUUCGCACGAGCUUCAUAUUUGGCUUCUCCGUGUUGAUCACAUGGAUACCUAGCUCUGUGAAUAGGCUGUACUCUCUUGCAAAUGAGGGACAGGUCAGCUAUCCGCUCAGCAUCGCGAGUGGCUGUGUCUUGCCGCUUCAGGGAGUGUGGAAUGCCACCAUCUUCUUCAUGACAAGCUGGAGUGCUCUGUGUGAUGACGUGAAGGCUAUGAGUGUCAGGAUGGGGUACGGGAGGUAUGACUCCUCUCGCGGGACGAAUCGGUUGGCAAGUAGGCUCGGCGUCUCCUCAACAGACACGUGUACUGAGUUCAAGGUGUCCCGUUGCAAUGGUGUUCAAAAUUGCGGCUGCGAGAAUUGCAAGUCUACCAGCUUGCAAAUGGUAGAGCCUUCGAUUUCUCGUGACAGACAUUUCAUUGGGUCUCUGAAGCCACAAGACUGA